GGGCGGUGGGCGGGGCCACGCAAUGACGCAACCUCACGUCUGCCAAGGAUUGGCAGCUUUUCCGGCUGAGGAACCGUCGCGUUUCUGGGGAGACGCCUAAGCUGGCGGUUACCAUCGCGCUUGAAGCCAGCGUCCCGAUCCGCCACCUCCGUCCCCAGCGUCACCAUGGGGGCUGUGCUGGGUGUCUUCUCCCUCGCCAGCUGGGUUCCCUGCCUCUGCAGUGGUGCAUCAUGUUUGCUGUGUAGUUGCUGUCCCAACUGUAAGAAUUCCAUGCUGACUCGCCUCAUUUACGCGUUCAUUCUCCUCCUGGGCACUAUUGUGUCCUGGAUCAUGCUGCAGAAGGAGAUAGAGCCUCAGCUGAAGAAGAUUCCUGGAUUCUGUGAAGAGGGAUUUAAAAUCAAGGUGGCUGAUAUAAUGGCGGAUAAAGAUUGUGAUGUGCUGGUCGGCUAUAAAGCUGUAUAUCGGAUCAACUUUGCCUUGGCCAUCUUUUUCUUUGUUUUCUCUCUGCUCAUGAUUAAAGUAAAAACAAGUAAAGAUCCCAGAGCAGCAGUGCACAAUGGGUUUUGGUUCUUCAAAAUUGCUGCCCUUGUUGGAAUUAUGGUUGGAUCUUUCUACAUCCCCGGGAGCUAUUUCACCACAGCCUGGUUUGUUGUCGGCAUGAUAGGGGCCUUCAUCUUCAUCCUCAUCCAAUUGAUCCUGCUAGUGGACUCUGCUCACUCUUGGAAUGAAUCAUGGGUAAAUAGAAUGGAAGAAGGAAACCCAAGGUUAUGGUAUGCCGCUCUACUGUCCUUCACAAGCUUAUUUUACAUCUUGUCAAUCAUCUCCGUUGGGCUGCUCUAUACAUACUACACCAAAUCCCAUGGCUGCACAGAAAACAAGUUCUUCAUCAGUAUCAAUCUGAUCUUUUGUGUCGUGGUUUCCAUGAUAUCAAUCCACCCAAAAAUUCAGGAACACCAACCUCACUCCGGCCUCCUGCAGUCCUCUGUCAUCACCCUCUACACCAUAUACCUUACCUGGUCAGCCAUGUCCAAUGAACCUGAUCGUUCCUGCAACCCCAGCCUGCUGAGCUUCCUUACAAACAUAGCUGCACCCACCUUGGCUCCUGGAAAUUCGACUGCUGUGGCUCCUACCUCUCCUCCACCAUCAAAGAGUGGGCCUUCUCUGAAUUCAGAAAAUCUUGUUGGGCUGUUUGUCUUUGUUGUCUGCCUUCUGUAUUCUAGCAUCCGCAAUUCCAGCAAUAGCCAGGUAAACAAGCUGACCCUGUCAGGGAGUGACAGUGUGAUUCUUCGUGAUACAUCCACCAAUGGAGCCAACGAUGAGGAAGAGGGACAGCCUCGGCGGGCUGUGGACAACGAGAAAGAGGGGGUGCAGUAUAGCUACUUCUUCUUUCACUUCAUGCUCAGCUUGGCUUCCUUGUACAUCAUGAUGACCCUCACCAGCUGGUACAGCCCUGAUGCCAAGUUCCAGAACAUGACCAGCAAGUGGCCAGCUGUAUGGGUCAAGAUCAGCUCCAGCUGGGUCUGCCUCCUCCUUUACGUCUGGACCCUGGUGGCUCCACUCGUCCUUACCAACCGGGACUUUAGCUGAACCUCAGAGUGCCAAGGACACCUGAAGCUUGAAAGGUCUCCUUUGCUGAAAACCCAUGUAUACCUUUUCAGUUUGCUUCAACUAAAAUACUAAGCGAAUGCUUUGCAAAUUUGACCAUGUCCAGGUUUAUAUCAGAAGGCAAGAUUGAAUAAUGCUUGAUGCAGAAUCUGAACUUUUCAUUUAUCUGUAUAUUCUGUGUAUUUGUAAGGAUAUAGCACAAAGGGAACAUUUUUGUGUUUAAAGUGAACUACAGCUGUGCUGUGAAGAGAGUUCUUUAUAAAGACUGGUAGGUUCCUAUAACUUUGGUUUAAUGUAAGAUAGAAGAGUGUUGGAUAUUUGAGGCCAUGGUUAAUAUAUUUCUAUUGCAGUAUCCUUAAAAAGCAAAAAAAAAAAAAAGCAUUUAUACAGUUUUCCUGUGUAAAAGUUCUUACUUAUGUAAUACAAGCCCUCUGUUUCAUGCUUAAACUUUUCAGAGGUGUAACGCCAUAGUUCUUGGGAAGAAUUAUGUAUGUGGGUCCUUCCCAAGAAUAAUGAUUACAUAUGGCUACUUCUUCUGUAUCUUGAGUUUUUAAGCUUACUUUUUUUAUACUAUAGCACUGAUGCUGCUUGAUUCAAAUCUGGUACUUUGCCAGGUAUGUCAAUUUCAAUAAAUGCUUUGUGAAUUGGUUAAAAUGGAAAUUCACUUGGGAAAACAUUGCAACUUUAGUCUGUGUAAUUAUCUUGUUAUAAGUAUGUGAAAGUAAAAUGCAUGUGAAUUUAUUACAUUUGCACUAUAAAGGUAUUUGAUUAAAAUA